AUGAUUGACUACACGAUGGAGUUCCUGGCCCGGAACGACGUGAAGGAAGUUUUCGUUUUUUGCGUGAGCCACGCUAAGCAGCUGGAGGAGUACCUGCAGUCGUCCACCUGGGCGGCUCACAUGGAGGUGCGAAUCAUUACCUCCAACAACUGCCUGAGUGCCGGAGACGCCCUGCGCGACAUCGACCAGCGUGGUGUCGUGAGAUCCGACCCCUUCGUGCUGGUUUCGGGGGACGUUGUGUCCAACAUCGACCUCAAGUCGGUCAUCAAACAGGUUCGUCAGGACUGUUGGCGGUGGCGGUGGCGGUGGCGGUGGCGGUUUCCCUAG